CAAGGUACGAGCGUUGUCCAUAUCCCAAAACCAGCUUUACUUGGUGCCAUCUAUCUUCUCUAAAGCCGGCGGCACUUAUUAGCUUAUUGGCCGCUCUGCACCUCUCCACCGGGCCGGAUGUCUCGAUUCUUGGCUUGAGCAUAUCCCCGCCCGGGUCGUUUAUUUCUCAAAUUAAUAGGGGUAGACGUGGGGCAGUGAGUCUUGGAGAUUCAUUUGGAGCGGCCGGCGGCUUGGUGUGCAGCCAAGGUACGUCACGACGCUCUUCGAUUCAUGGACGACCCUCAUAGGACUCGCGUGGCCAGGGGCAGUGGCAGGAUUGAGCUCAGGAGGGGCUCUCCUCUUCCUCCUCCUUCAACCUCCUCUUCCCAAAAGGGCUCCAUAGUAUUUUCAAUGGUAGGAGGGGCUCGAGCUCCUCCAGACCCACCGUUGAAUCCGCUCCUGGACAGGGAUCAGAUUCCUCGACCUGGUUUACGGUUACGGCUUGCAGUUAAACCUCCUGUUUAUCUCUUAUUAUUUGGUGCGGCGGUUAUAUUGAUAUAUCGGAUCCCUCACGGCAUCCGGCGGACAAAUCCAGAACAUAUACUCUUCCUUUAUGCUUGUUAUGUUACCGGUCUCCUCAUGAUUUACUUACCCACCACCCACGUAAGGCGCGUGAACGCAAAUGCGCUCGACAUGCUGCUCCAGAUCAGCAAGCAAGCAGCAGCCAAGUUGCUGAGAAAGGUUACCGAUCCUGUUAGAAAAGGAAAAGGCCUGGUGGUGGAGACUCUGACAAGAUCGGUGAUGAAGGCUAGGAGUAUUCUGCAUGUUGGCAGAAAUCUCUUCCCUUUACGCGGCCGCCGCCGGAGAUCGAUGGCCUCCUACGAGACCAAGGUGCUUGAUUUUGUGGAGCGUCAAACAGUCGUCCCCUCGCUGCUGGGGAUCUCGGGCAUGCGCGGCGUGGGCAAGACCACCCUUCUUAGAUUUGUGCGCGAUUCUUACGCGCAUGGCUCCUCUUUCUCCUACGUCUUCUUCCUUGGGGCCGGCCCUGGAUGCACGGUGGGGAGCCUACACCAUGCCAUCUCCGUCAACAUACAGCAGACGCCAGAUGUCCCUAUUUCCACUUGCUUGAAAGGCAAACCCUUCUUGUUGCUCCUUGAUGAUGUGCGAGAGAGGCUUGAUCUUGCGGCAGUCGGUCUGCCGACGCCACUUGGGCGCAGGCAGAAAGUCAUCUUCACGACGAGGAACCACCAAAUCUGCGCUGACAUGGGGUGUUCAAGCAGCACUACUAUCCAGAUGGAGUGCUUGAGUGAGGAUGAUGCGUGGAACCUUUUCAAGGAUAAAGUCGGAGAACAAAACAUCGAUGCUCAUCCUCACAUCAAGCACCUCGCCAAAAAGAUGGUGGCAGAAUGCCGUGGCUUGCCCAGCGCCCUAUGCGCCCUUGGUCGAGCCAUGUCAACCAAGUCCGACGUCAAGGAAUGGAGGUAUGGCUACGAUAUGCUCAAGAGGAAGCGGUCACCGGUCAGCGAGAUCCAAGAGAUCGAUGAUGAAGGCCAUUCUGAUCUGUAUCAUUUAGAAGAAAAAUUGCAGGACCUCUUCUUUUAGCCGCCUCUUUAUGGCCUCAAUACGGGGGCAAAUUUGUACAUGCCUUCAAAAGCAAUCUGGAUCUCAAAGUCAUAGAGAGUACAAAACUAUAUCAUCCUGAUGACACGCACCAUCUUGUAACGGAAAGAUGGUUUCCAGUACUUAUUAUUAUUAUUAUUAUUAUUAUUAUUAUUAUUA